CAGCGUUUGGAGGUGAGUGAUUUGGGAUUCAGAGAUAGUGUACACAGCUGUAGGAGCAGUUAAGGGUUGAGGUGAGCUCCAGUAUGUGGCAUAAAUAGUGAGCAGAGCCGUGGAGGACGCAGCACAUGGUGCCAUCUGUAGGCUGCGAGGAAAUAUGCUUUGAGUAACUUGUGUGAUGAGCCUCCAUCAGACGGGUGAGCUUAUAUUCUGCUUGUACGUAUCAUGCCCAAAGGAAAGGAAGCUAAAGGGACUAAGGUCACCCUCAGGGCGGCCAGAAAGGCGAUACGGAUGACACUAGAUGGACGACGCAGACUGACCCUCAGCAACAUGGGUAUAACCAUCUUCCCAAAGUGUCUCCUCAAGCUGACCAACGUAGAUGAGUUGGACCUCAGCCGCAACCUGAUAAGGAAACUCCCAGACAACUUUGGGAACUUCUCAUCACUCAGAUGGCUUGAUCUGCACAGCAACAAACUGGAGUCUGUGCCAGAGUCAAUUGGCAACCUGGUGGCGCUGACUCACCUCAACCUCUCUAACAACCUCCUAACCUCGGCAGGUUUACCCUCAACUCUGGGUUCUCUCACCAGUCUGACGUGUCUCAAUCUGGGGAUGAACAAGCUGGACAGCGUACCUCCCACUAUGGCGGCUCUAGAGAGUCUCCAAGAGUUAGGCCUGUUUGACAACCUCUUCAUUAACCUACCAGACUUUCUGCAGGUCCUAAAACACCUCACCAAAUUGAACAUGAAACAAAAUCCUCUAUCGUAUGUUCAGGAGGAUGGUGAGGAGACGCUACAGAGAAAAACUGCACCAGAGGAAGAAGUGCACCUAGUAUCUGAGAACAUGCUGUGCAGGCCAUGCUUAAGAAGAGUUAAAGACCAGAGGAAAAGGCUUACUCGCUUACUUGUAUCAAGCCAACCAGCUGAUACAAGUGAUAUGAUUGAGGAGAAAAGGAUAAGGACGUAUGCAGGACUGAUAGUGCCAAACUCAGUAGCUGCAGUCAAUCAGGAUGUGUGGAGAAUCAGAGCGGUGGAGCAAGAGACAAUUAAAGGACACAAAGAACUGUUGCAAUAAUCUUAAUCUGAACAAAUGGCACAGAUUUCAGGAAUUAGAAAACACUUUAGAACAUUUAAAAUGUAAAUAAUAUUAAGCUAUUUGUCACGUAACUAUUUUUCAGUAUUUUUCAUGAAAUAAAAAACAUGACUUAUUGUUGUUCUGAUUGAA